AUGUCCUUUGAUUCGAUUCCGAUCCUCGAUCUCUCCGCAGCUCAAGAUCCUGCAACGAAGGCUGGCUUCCUCAAUGAUUUGCGCCAUGCGCUGCUAGAAGUUGGCUUCCUCUAUAUCAAGAACACAGGGAUCGAUGACAAACUGAUCGAGGAUGUUAUUGCCGAAGGGAAGAAGUUCUUUGACUUGCCUAUGGAAAAGAAGCUGGAGGUAGAGAUGAAGAAUGCCCCCAGCUUUCUCGGAUAUAGCAGACUGGGUGGUGAAAUCACCCGCUUCAAGACCGACUGGAGAGAACAGAUAGAUCUCUCUACCAACCAUCCCGUUCCUGGCCCAUCUGAUCCUCUUUAUCAUAACCUGCUAGCACCGAAUCAGUGGCCAGAGGAAUCAUCCAUACCUCGUUUCCGUCCAGUAUACGAAGAAUACAUGAAGAAAAUGGGGGCCAUCAGCAUGGAAUUCAUCUCGCUGGUUGCAGAAGCAAUCGGUCUACCAGCCAAUGCAUUUGACAAGUUCUUUGAUAAACACCAACAACACAAGCUGAAGAUAGUCAAGUAUCCUGACCUAGAAGAGCUAGGGGUCGAGGGUGAAGCUCAGGGCGUUGGCCCCCAUAAGGACAGCAUGCUCACAAGCUAUCUCCUCCAGGCGACGGAGCAUCGUGGACUGCAGGUUCAAAACCACCGAGGAGAAUGGAUCGAUUGUCCUCCUAUAAACGGUACGCUUGUUGUAGCUAUAGGUCAAGGGCUGGAGGCUAUCACUCAGGGAGUUUGUCAGAGCACAACUCAUCGAGUGUUGAGUCCAGCCCGGGGAACAGGAGCGCGAUUCAGCGUUCCCUUUUUCCAGGGCGUAAGCUACGAUGCCACCUUUGAAAGCAUGGAUGUCCCCGAUCAGGUCAAAAGACUCCGGCAGGAAGUCAUCGAGAAGAAUGGCAUCCGUCAAGAUGAUGUUGAAUUCACAUUCUCCAAAGGCCGUUGGGGCCAUUUGGGCGAAGCUACGCUGAUGAACCGCAUAAAGAGCCAUCCAGAUGUAGGAAAACGUUUUUAUCCCACACUUCUACAGCAGAUUCGGGACGAACAGUCACGGAACAAUCAAAUAACAGAAGCACCGCAGGGGCUCAAGGUUCAAUCAUGA